AAGGUUUAAAAGGUCUCAGAGUUGAACCACCAAAAUGCCAUCAUCAUGUUUGCCCUGACUGGACCUCAAUGGCUGGACCUUGUUUUUGUGAUGUGCCUUCUCUGUUGGGCAGACUGUAGCCCUUCUCAGCAGGAUGAUAUGGCUCCCCUCGAUGUACAAUUCUAUUCUUUGGACUUCAGAAAUGUCUUACGCUGGAAACAUCCACACAAAGCUGCCAAAAACUUGAAAUAUUUUGUUCAACAUAAAAUAUAUGGAGACAAGGAGUGGAUUAAUUCUGAGCAUUGUCAAGGCAUCCACGAGCUCGAGUGUGACCUGAGUGAGGCGACAUCAGAUCCCAGAGAAUGGUACUAUGCCAGGGUCCGUUCCCUCUCCCCUGAGGGCUUUUCAUCAUGGGUCCUUAGCCACAGGUUUUAUCCUCAGUGGGAAACUAGUUUCAGCCCACCCCAGUUAAAGGUGACUGUGACUGGACAGACCAUUACAGUUCAGAUCAAACCCCCGAGGACACCACUGCGAGGACAGAAGGGCUCUAGAAUACGAGUGACAAAACUACAGAAACUGACAUUCAGAAUAUACUUAAUGCACAAUGGUGUAGAAGAGGAAAUUCAUGAAACAGACAGUUGCUCCAAGGAGCUUGUGAUUGAGAGGCUACGUCCGAAAACCACCUACUGCCUUCAGGCUCUGUCCGUUACUCCUCGCUCAGGCCGCAAAAGCUUACGGAGUCCCAGCACCUGCGUCAACACUCAGUGAGGGUUUAGUGUCUCCCACAGGGUGAGGCUGCUUCUGGACCUUUGUUCAACAUGAAAAUUACACACAUGCACACUACAUAGUGGAAUGUCUGCAAAUUUUCACCAAGACCACCUUUACUAUAAGACAGACUAUAAGCCUAGCCUGGCCUAGCCUUUUGGUUACAUUAAAGCUGAAGUGUGUAAUUUCUGUGCCACUGGUACAAUCAAAGGGAACAUCAAAAAUAAUGACUGUUUACAUACGGGUUUCCUGAACACUCAUCUUUUAUUGGCCGGACAAACUGAUAGUCCCGCACCCAACUCACACCCUGGUUUGAGCCAACAACAGAGUGGAAGGUGUUUUUUUUUUCUCUCAGGGAAAUCAACAAAUGGCUAACUUGAAGUUAUUUAUUAUUAAGUUAUGGUAUUAACUAAAGGCGGGUGCACACUGUGUGAUUUUGGGAUCUGAGACAAAUUUUGAGAAUCCUAAAAGAUUCCUAUAAUCCUAGGCUAAAAUCUGUAGUCUUUGAUCGCUAGUUUGACAUGUUCACCUACAGCUGAUUAAUGACCGUUACGAUCAAAUUGUACCUUCGACGAAAUUCUGGCAGUGUCAGAAGAUUUGGCACACAGUCCUGCAGUGUGACUUCUCCUACGAUGAAUGUCAAAUUGUCUUCGUUUUUCAAGACAAGCCGUGAUCAAAAUUAACGCUAGAGAUGUCUUUGUUAGCCACCAUUUCAGUCCUGUGUUUAAUGCAGCUCAGUCACCGAACAUGUAUGGGUUGAUGUAAUUCUCUGGACAAGUUUCUUAACAAAGACAUCUCUAGCAUUAAUUUUGAUCACGAAGACAAUUUGACAUUCGUUGUAGAAGAAGUCACACUGCAGGACUGUAUGCCAAAUCUUCUGACACUGCCAGAAUUUCAUCCGAGGUAAAAUUUUAUCGCAACGGUCAUUAAUCGGCUGUCUGUGAACAUGUCAAACUAGUGAUCAAAGACUACAGACUUUAGCCUAGGAUUACAGGAAUCUUUUAGGAUUUUCAAAUUUGUCUCAGAUGACCAAAUCGUGGCCAAAAUCGCAGUGUGCACCCGCCUUAAGAUAGUAUUUUAAAGGGUUAGUUUACCCAAAAAUGAAAAUUCUGUCAUUAAUUACUCACCCUCAUGUCGUUCCAAACCCAUAAGACCUUUGCUCAUCUUAAGAACGCAAAUUAAGAUCUCUUAAUAAAAUCUGAGAGCUUUCUGUCCCUCCAUUGGCAGCCUACACAACUACCACCAAGCCCCAGAAAGGCAACUAGUAAAGCUGCCUUUGUCUUAUGGGUAGCAAAUGUCUUAUGGGUUUGGAGCGACAUGAGGGUGAGUAAUUAAUGAGAGACUUUUCACUUUUGAGUGAACUAUCCCUUUAACAUAAAAAACAUACACACUUCAGCUUUAAGGCUAAUGACUGUUGAAAAUAAAUACAUGAACUAGUAGUCAUGUUUAGGGCUGAGAAAAAAACACCAGACAGAAGUAGUUGAACAUUAUGAUACACAAUGUUGGAACACAACAAAUAUACAACAACUAAAUGUUCACAGCACAUGACAGAAAAUAAAAAAUUCUGAAAGAAAAACAA